GCUUUGCAGUUUCUGUAAUGACGUGUUAAACAGUUCAGUUGUCCGGCACAUUAACCUGUGCGUAAACGUUAGAAAUAUUCUGUUAUAGCAGUUAUCUCUUACAAUCCUCACAAUGUAUUGGAUAAUAACAUUAGUUGCUAUAUUCGUAAUGUUGUCACAUUCUGGACAAGCAUUAAGAGAAGGAGAUUGCGAAGUUUGCAUUAAAACAAUUGAAACAUUCGCUUCUGCCCUAAGCGAGUCAGUGAAAAAGGAUACGAAAAAGAUCGAGAAUGAGUUCCGUUCGUUUUGUAAAACAGCUAAACCCAAGGAACAACGAUUUUGCUACUACCUGGGUGGUGUAGAGGAUUCAGCAACGGGUAUUUUAAGUGAACUAUCGAAACCCCUUAGUUGGUCUAUGCCGGCUGAGAAAAUUUGCGAAAAAUUGAAGAAAAAGGACAUCCAAAUUUGUGAUUUGCGCUUUGAUAAACAAAUCGAUGUCAACUCAGUGGAUCUGAAAAAGCUGAAAGUGAAGGAUUUAAAAAAAAUUCUUAACGAUUGGAACGAAGGGUGUGAUGGUUGCUUAGAGAAAACAGAUUAUAUCAAGAAAAUUGAAGAUGUAAAACACAGAUAUGUGAAAACAGAACUGUAAAUUGUAGGAAAAUAUAUAUAAGAUGACGUAUAGUCCAAUAUUGCCCAAAA